GCCUGUAAGAGAGAGAGAGGCGCGCGCAGAAGAACCUCAGCUCCUCGAGGAGCAGCACCCUCGGCGCUCGCGCCCAUGCUUUUGACCGAAGCCAUGAUUGGAUUGUGAACGCGGAGCUUGCGCUUUUGUUUAGCGGGUUUAGUUCGUGUAUCUCGAGCACUGAGAUCAACAGAGCAGCACAGAAGUUUCCACUCCUCUAACUACAGGAAUGUCCCACAAGGAGAGACCGACUUUCUAUCGACAGGAGCUCAAUAAGACCAUAUGGGAGGUGCCGGAGCGCUACCAGAACUUGUCGCCCGUGGGUUCUGGAGCUUACGGAACCGUGUGCUCCACAUUAGACACAAAGUCAGGCCUGAGGGUCGCCGUCAAGAAGCUGUCCCGGCCGUUUCAGUCCAUCAUCCACGCCAAGCGCACAUACAGAGAACUGCAGCUCCUCAAACACAUGAAACACGAGAAUGUAAUUGGUCUACUAGAUGCUUUCUCGCCCGCUACCUCUCUAGCAGGAUUCAAUGACGAUCUUAAACCCAGUAACUUGGCUGUAAAUGAAGACUGUGAACUUAAGAUUCUGGACUUUGGACUGGCCCGGCUGACUGAUGAUGAAAUGACGGGAUACGUUGCCACCCGAUGCUGCGAAUGUAGUUUUUUGAGGCCCUGUCCUGCGUUAUCUGUUUUAGCUGUGGACCUGCUGGAGAAGAUGCUGGUUCUGGACACAGAUAAACGGAUUACUGCGUCACAGGCUCUUGCGCACCCGUACUUCUCCCAGUACCACGACCCGGACGACGAGCCCGAGGCAGAGCCCUACGACCAGAGCUUCGAGAGCCGCGAACUGGACAUCGAAGAGUGGAAACGGCUCACGUAUGAAGAGGUGAUCAGCUUCGAGCCUCCCGACGGAGACGAGAUGGAGUCAUGAAGGCUGCUCCACCUCCAGGACCUUCACCCAUACAUGAAAAUGACAUUCAAGUGCCUGCCAUCAUCAAGUGCUGGCUUCCCCGUGUUCUGAGUCUGCUUAUCCAUGCCUUCAUACACGCUCUGUCAAAUAAGCAGAAAAGAAAACAUGCAAACUUUUAAAAAAAGGACACAGAGAAUGUAAGGUUUUGUGUCCUGUGCCCCAGUAAGUUCAAGCCCACAUAUUGUCAUCAUUUACUUGCCUCAUGUUUUUCUGAACCUGUAUGAGGUUCUUUCAUCUGUUGAACACAAAAGAAGAUAUUUUGAAGAAUGUUGGUAACCAAACAGUUGCU